CUCUCUCUCGGCUCCGCCGAUGGCGUCGAACAACCCUCUUCCCAGUCCCCCCAGAGUCCAGCCGGAGGAGCGAGGAGAGCGCGCGGAAGACACCGAGGACGAGGACGACGAAGACUACGAACCUUAUCUUGAGGUCCUCGACUCCGACGAGGAGGAGGAGGAGGCCAUGGCGGCAUCCCUUGUACCGGAGGAGGACGAAGCACAUGCGUACAUACCCGAAGCCGCGGCAGUGAUUGCAUCUAUGGCAGAAGAUAGAACCACGGUCGACGAAGUAGCCACGGCAACGUCGACCGAUUUGUUCGAGGUGUCGCUGGAAGUAGUGGAGGUUGGAUCGAGCGUGGAAAGGGCGAGUGGAGGGGGCGAUGGAGGAAAUGAGGGGGAAGAAGAGGAGGAUGAGGGGGAGGAGGAGGGAGGUGAUGGGGUGGAAAAAGAUGGGGGCGGAAGAGGAGAGUGUGGGGAGCGCAUUGAUACGGGGAAGACGAAUGGGAUCGAGGUGGAUCGGUCGAUUUCCCCCAAUUGCCCUAUUUGCUUCGAUAUGUGGACUUCUGAUGGGCCUCACCGAGUCAGUUGUAUUCCUUGUGGACAUGUAUAUGGUAGAUCUUGCUUAGAGAGAUGGCUUGAUCAAUGUGGAAAGAAAACUGGAAAGUGUCCACAAUGUAAUAGGAACUUUAAGCGGAAGGAGAUUAUUAAUGUGUAUGCACCACUUAUUGUUGUACCGAAUGAUGAUCUACGAAAGGAAUUGCAUUCUCUGAGAGAGAAAAAUAAAUUCCUCAAAUUCGAGAAAGCUCAAUUGCUUGAGGAGAUAAGCAAGCAUAAGAAGCGUACAAUGGAUAGAGAGGGUAUUGAGAGACAGAAAAUGGCAUGCCUAGAGCAUUCAUCAUCAGGAGGUGUACCGAGGAGGCUCUUUGAAAAUAUUGAUGUAACAUUGAGUGCUGCUUCAGCACUGACCUCAUCGGAAAACAUCCAUGCCUCUGGAAGUUUUUGUGGUAGUGGACUUCGUCGGUCCAGCUUUGUCUUACAGAAUGAAUUAGCGCUAACUGGUGCUCGAGUAAUGGGAAUAGAUGUUUCUAGACAAAUUUUAAUUGUCUCAGGGACACCUGGAGUAGGAGGAGAGCAUGUUUUAUGUAAGAUUAGCAUGUUAGUUCCGAAUGGAAUUGAUGAAAUCCAUCUUCCUCCUGAUACCAAAGCUAUUAGGGAUCUGUGCUUCCUUCCUAAUGGACUUGCACUUCUUGCAUCACUUGGCAAGAAGUUAUCACUUUUCAGUGUAGCAAGCAACAAUGUUGUCCUCAAAUAUGACCUACCGGGUCCUGCCUGGUCAUGCUCAAGGGAUAUCAACAGUCCAUAUCAUAUUUACGCUGGAUUGCAGAAUGGCAUGCUUUUAGUGUUUGAUGUUCGUCAAACUGCACAACCAAUGAACUCCAUAGAGGGCCUGUCUAGGCAACCAGUUCAUACUGUGCACUCUAUUGGUCUUGAUAAUGGAGCCAAGAGAGUGCUCACUGCUUCAUCAUUAGGUCCCUGUACAUGGGAAAAUGUUGCUGGCAGUGGAAGACCAACUUUGUUACCUGAAAUGGAGAAUCAAGGUGUAUGCAUAUCUCUUGCUUGUGGCAGUUCAUGUAAUGACAUAGUUGCUUCAUUUCGCCCCAAGGUUGAGCUCCCUAGUGAUAGCAUCGCUUCUCAGACCUCACUGUCACCUUCACCCACUCUUUCUAAUUCAGGAAAGUUAGGUUCUCAUGUCCUCAUGAAAAGGGUUGAUGGUUCAUCCUUUCGGAGACAUGAGAUUGGCUAUGGAAAUGUAAGUGAACUUCGGAUGUCAAAAUCUGCCAUCAUAUGCAGAGAUGGCAAGAACCCGUUGUUUGCUUAUGGGGAUGAGUCAACUUAUGGGGUGUGCAUUUGGGAUUUACCUUCUUUCCAAGUCCAUACCCGUCUGAAGCCACAUCAGCACCCAAUUCUUGAUUUGAAGUAUCAACGAAACUCCACAGGCCCUGGAUUUCUUGGCUGCAUAAGUGAGGACAGGUUGCAGUUAUUCACUUGUUAUUGAUCUAUGAUGUCUUAUACUCUUUUUGGUGGCUGAGGCUGUUGCAGGGGUCUCUUCACCACGAGACUACAUGGAAAAGUUUUGCAUAGUCUAAUGUUAUUAUUGCUCAAAUUGUAAGUGGCGCUAUACAAAGUAUAGAGAUUAUACCUGUACAGAGUAUGAGGGAGGGCUAAAUCAUGCAGAGAAUCAACAUAUGUGCAGUAAUAACUGAUGAGAAGGGUAUAAUUAACUUGUCGCUCUAAUGGGACUUUAGCAGCAUGCGUAUUAUCUGGUCCAUGCUGGCUUGUUGUGAUAAUCUUUAUUAUUGUUCGUACCACUUCUCUUUCAUUUUUAGUUCAAAUUUUAAGAAGUGAAGGUGGGUUGUGUUUCUAGUUUGCGUAACAAGAAAAUGGCAACUGUGGCAAUGCAACUGAUGACAAGCUUACUAUUUUUUGGGAACAGAAUCCUAUUUUCAGCUCGGGUUUUGAAAAUCAACACCUUGAUGUGGAAUCAUCUGAAAACCUGGACUUCGUCGUCCAAAACUAGUGGGUGAUAUGAAAGUUUUUGUUGAAAGCAAAAUAAAAGAAAAUUUUGAUAUGCACUUGAAAAAUUUUAU